GCUCAUGGAAUUGUGUUAACCGUGGCGAGCGUAGUAUGUCGGAAACCAUGGAGUAGCAAUUGGAGAUCGAGCUACGAUACAAACUGUGUCGAGCACGAUAGUGACCGAAAAUCCUAUAAUGGCUGCUGGAACAUGCGGUUUGACAAACAGGGGUUACGUCAGUGCAGGUUUACGCGGAACGCGUCAACCGACGCGUCCAGAACGUCGACUUCUAGGAUACCCCAUCCAAAGCAGUUGGUAUAGGCACAACCAUGUCCUCACCGGUGUCAGCGAAGCGACGAAAGCUCAAAGAAGCGGCGCAUACACUCUCCAAACCUUUUGUGUCGCCACUGCGCAGCGCCAAAGCCGACCGAAAGCCACUAAGAGAGAACAAUGUGGCGGGCAAUGUCCCAUAUGUACCUAGCACGCUUGCGCACACCGUCAAGGCAGAUUAUGACGCCACUGCAAAGACUAUCGAUGCCUCGAAAUCAGCUUCUAAGCCUACCUUACUCGCGCCUGUGCCCAAACAGCGUUGCUCUACCAUCUCCAUAAAGCGUCCCGACGCAGCCGAAAUCGCAGCCCAAAGAGCUCUAACGUCGCUCGAGCUACAGAUCAGAGCGCUGAAGAACGACCUUGAUGUCUUCGCUCAGGCUCAGCACAUCACGACAUCAACAACGGACGCGGAGCUCGAGGUGUUGACGGAGAGAUGGCGUCUCGCUUCUCAGCAAGCGGCUGAGGAGAUCUUUGGUACCGUCAAGGAGCGCGUGUACCGAAUGGGCGGCGUGGCUGCGUGGCGGGAGAGCGAGAAGCGCAAGUUCGAGCGAGCUAAUGGACUCGGUGAGUUUGCGCUGGAGGAGGAGCCGGUGGACAACGACGCGGACUGCGAGUUCGAUAGCCAAGGCGAGGAGUUGCCGGAGGAGGAAGCGUUGAGUAGGAAGAAGGAGAAGCGGAGAUUGAGGCAGGAGGUUAUGGACGCGGCGGAUUUGCCAGAGAAGCCGAAGAUGGAUACGGGAGGUGGAGUGUCGAAGGUGUGGCAGGAGGGUGACAAAGAUGAUGAUGUGGGUGUCGGUAUGAGCAUUAUACGGCACGAUUGCUGACUCUUGUGCAGACAUUUACGAUGGAUAUGAUGCUCCGCUCGCUCAAUAUUGAGCUUGCCGUGAUCGGUUAUGACAAGGAUGCGCAGAGGUGGGCGUGAUGAUGUUAAGCAGCUCCGCGUGGUGAACGACCAUAUAUAACAAGACAUGAUUGAGCUGGUGAUGUGCAUGGGUUUGUAGAAGCGACGAAGACAUGUCAAUGUAUAAUCAACUGCAAGCAUACCUAGAAUGCUAAUUCAGCUGAG